AAAUAGGAUCUCCGUCCUGAUUCGCUGAAAUAAUUUGCACUUGCGCAAAGCUUACUUCCUCUGCCGGUUGUGCAAGAGGAAUAAGCAUGGAAAAUGAUAUUCUUGACACUCUGGAAGAUGUAGGGUACACUGGACCCCUUCUAGAUCCAUCUGCUUUAUCUGAAGCUGUAAAUCAGGGCCCUGCAUCUACAGAGUUCACUCAGCUGGUAUCAUGGCUAACAGACAGACUAAAGAGCUUCUAUGGUUUGGAGGAAAGCAUCCAUGCAACUCACUCCCCUGAUGAUGUUGCCAAUUUUGUAAUGGAACUCAGUGGUUUUCUAAGGGAAUUAAAUUGUCCAUAUAAACACCUGUAUGAAGGAGGACCUGUCACACAAAGGCUGAACAAUAAGGAUAGUGCCCUGCAAUUGUUAGACUACUUGACUUCAGAGCUAGAGACAGCUCAUAUCCUGGCAGUAAGAAAACCCCAAGAGUUAAAGUCGGCAACAUCAGAAACUGAACCUGAAGCAAGUGAGUCGGACAUUGCAAAGCAUCUGAAGAUCAUGUUGAUAGCUCUAGGAUUCCCAAAGCCUCCAGCAAACAUCACAGCUUUCCAGCUCUUCAGUAAAGUGGAAACAAAGGUGAAUGAACUAAUGUCUAAGAACCCCGGGGUAAUUAGUAAGCCUCUGUUAAAGGCUCGUCUGUCAGACAAACAGUGGGAGCAGAUUAUGAAAAUCAAUGACAGCCUGGUCAGAGAGUACACCACAAGGCGUGAAAUGAUCCUCAAACGUUUGGACGUCACUAUACAGUCCUUCAUGUGGUCAGAGGCGGCAAAGAAAAAAGAAAAUGAGAUAGCUGCUGUAUUCCACCCCAUCAGAAAGCAACUAAAGGCGUCAUGUGAUAUAACUGUGGCAGAUAUCUUAGCUGCAAGGGAAGAUUUAACCUAUUUACAAAAGACAAGUAGUGGUGAGGCCAGAAUGAAGUGUGCAAUAAACAAAGUGAAAAUUCCUAAGGUACCAGACAGGGGAGGGAGAGUGUGGGAGCAGGAACCACCCCCUCCAGAAAUGCCAUCCUUCAUGAAGCGAGUGGAUCAACCCCAAGGUCAAAGACCACAGUCUGGCAGAGGUGGUCGAGGCGGAGGUAGACAACAUGACAGAGGUGGGAAAGUCCAGGGUGGCUGGGGGGAUAAACAACAACAGAGCUAUGGAGGGAACUGGAAUCAGGGAGGGGGAGGAUAUGGAGGGGGAGGAGGCAGAGGGAGGGAUCAUUACCAGGAUGGGGGUUAUCAAGGAGGGUACCAGGGAGGAGGGUACCAAGGUGGUGGCAAUCAAGGUGGAUAUCAAAAUGGGGGAUACCAAGGUGGUGGAGGAGGUCGAGGUAGAGGUCGGCCAGGAAGUGGGCGUGGCAGGGGGAGGGGCCACUAUUAAAGGCGUGCUUUAUACCUCUUCAAAUUAUUCAAAUUCUAAACAUUUAGAUAAUUUGGUGCCAAUUCCAAGACGCAUUUGGUGCCAACUCCAAGACAGAAUUUAAAAAAUUAUAGCAAAAAAAUUUGCCCAUUCUGUUACAUGUCUAUUGCUUUGUUUAUUAGUUGUUAUAAUAAACCAUUAUUGAAGUAA